AGUGGGGCUUGUGGGCAAGCCAAGCGCAUUCCAAACGGCUAUAAUUGAGGUAGCAGAGGAGAGAGAAAGAGAGUCGAUGCUGAGAAAAAUUCAUCUCUUGACGCUAUUUAUUCACAAAGAUUUGAGUUUGCCCAGAGAGUGGUGAAGAAACUGAAGGGACAGCUAAUAAAAUAGGGAUUUUGAGGAGGAAGAAGGGGGAAGAGGGAGGUUGGGUGGUCCGGCGGUUGCCGGGUGGAGCAAAAUCGGAGGCCGUGCCUGAUCCGAUCUGCGAAUCAGGUUGAUUUCUUCUCUGAUUGUGAAGGAGAAGAGUUUGCUGCUGAUUUAGGAACUGGAGGAAGGUGUUCGCGAUGCAAGAAGGAAGCUAUUACAGUUCGAAGAAGACGGAUGAUAUCUGCGAGGACGUUUGCGGCUCAGCUUCUAGGGUUGCGUUGAAUGCCCGGCUGCGUUGCAUGCUUCGUGGAUUUGAUUACAAGGCUCUUUUGCUUCUAUUCAUUGUCUUACCACUCUUCAUAUUUGGUAUAUACUUACACGGCCAGAAGAUCACUUACUUCCUCCGACCCCUCUGGGAAUCUCCUCCUAAACCGUUCAAUAUUAUUCCACACUACUAUCAUGAAAAUGUGUCCAUGGAGAACCAAUGUAGACUACAUGGUUGGCGAAUCAGGGAGACUCCAAGGCGUGUCUUUGAUGCCGUUCUCUUCAGCAACGAAGUGGACAUCCUUGAGAUUCGCUGGACUGAGCUCCACCCCUUCAUCUCGGAGUUCGUUCUUCUGGAAUCUAAUUCCACUUUCACCGGACAAGUAAAACCCUUGUUUUUUUCCCGGAAUCGAGAGAAGUUCAAGUUCGCAGAGUCCAGGCUCACUUAUGGUGUUGUUGGUGGAAGAUUUGUCAAGGGGGAGAAUCCUUUUGUUGAAGAAUCAUACCAGAGAGUGGCUCUGGAUCAGCUAAUCAGGAUAGCAGGAAUCAAUGAAGAUGAUUUAUUGAUUAUGUCAGAUGUUGAUGAGAUCCCCAGUGGACACACAAUUGAUCUUUUGAGGUGGUGUGAUGACAUUCCUGAUAAGCUUCAUCUGGAGCUUAGGAACUAUCUUUAUUCAUUCCAAUUCUAUCUUGAUAAUAAGAGUUGGAGGGCCUCAGUGCAUAGAUACAAGCCUGGAAAGACAAGAUACGCUCAUUUUCGCCAGACUGAUGAUUUGUUGGCAGAUUCAGGAUGGCAUUGUAGCUUCUGCUUCCGCUACAUUAGUGAAUUUGUUUUUAAAAUGAAGGCUUACAGCCAUGUUGAUCGAGUGAGGUUUUCUUACUAUCUUAAGCCAUCAAGGGUUCAGGAUGUUAUUUGCAGAGGGGCAGAUCUCUUCGACAUGCUACCAGAGGAGUAUACAUUUCAGGAUAUAAUUGCAAAGUUGGGUCCCAUUCCCAGCUCUUAUUCAGCUGUUCAUCUUCCUGGUUAUCUUCUUCAGAAUGUUGACAAGUAUAGGUAUCUUGUUCCUGGGAAUUGCUUGAGAGAGAGUGGCUGAAUGCCAUACUUUCUGUAGCAUAUUUUUCUCUUGCCAACUUACAGGACAAAUUAUUGGAGAACUGGGAGAUGAUGAUGAUUCUUCUGAGGGGAGCUUGCAAGCAUGGGUGAGUACUUGUGUUUUGUAAUGUUUAGAUGUUGAGUUAUAUUUGAAAAAUUGGGUAUAUUUUGUGAUGCUGACGAGGAGCAUAUUCAUUUGUUCCAGCUGCUCUAUGGGUUUAUGGCCGGGAAGUUGUUAUUUCUUUCAUCGCUUACUUUUUUGAGUAUGCCAUGUUACUCAAUAUAAUUUAGAGUGUAGAUCAAAUGAAGUUUUCUGAA